AUGUCCUGCCAGCAGAACCAGCAGCAGUGCCAGCCUCCUCCCAAGUGCACCCCCAAGUGCCCUCCCAAAUGUCAGACUCCAAAGUGCCCUCCAAAGUGCCCCCCUGUGUCUUCCUGCUGUAGCCUGGGUUCUGGGGGCUGUUGUGGCUCCAGCUCUGGUGGUUGCUGUGGUUCCAGUUCUGGUGGCUGCUGCAGCUCUGGGGGUGGAGGCUGCUGCCUGAGCCACCACAGGCCUCGCAGAUCUUUUCAUCGCCAUCGCCGCAGCUCUGGAUGCUGUAGCAGUGGUGGCAGCAGCAGCUGCUGUGGCAGCAGUGGUGGCAGCAGUGGUUGCUGUGGCAGCAGUGGUGGCAGCAGCUGUGGCGGUAGUCAGCAGUCUGGGGGCUGCUGCUGA